UUUUUAUAGUGAAAGUAGUAGUUAAUUUGUGUUUAAAAGUAGUGCAUCAUGGGACAGCAUGUCUCGAGAACGGAUUUUGAGUGGGCGUACGACGAUGAGCCGCAUAAAUCAAGAAGAACUGAAAUUUUGAAGAAGUAUCCAGAAAUUAAACAGUUAUUCGGCUACGAUCCAAAUUUCAAGUGGAUAUGUACGGCUUUGGUCUUUGGUCAAAUAGCAUCAUUAUAUUUCCUGCAAGACAAGUCGUGGCCUGUGUUAAUAGCUACUGCUUAUUUCUUUGGAGGAGUUAUAAAUCAUUCCCUAAGUUUAGCUGUGCAUGAAAUCUCACAUAAUGCAAGUUUUGGAAAUUCACGACCUAUGGCAAAUCGCAUGUUUGGAUUCUUUGUAAAUCUACCGCUCGGCGUUCCGAUGUCAAUAUCAUUUAAAAAGUAUCAUUUAGAGCAUCAUCGAUAUCAAGGCGAUGAAGUUAUUGAUACCGACUUACCAACAUUAUUUGAGGCAAAACUUUUUUGUACAACAUUAGGAAAAUUCUGUUGGGUUGUGCUACAGCCUAUGUUCUAUCUAUUUCGACCAUUGAUUGUUAAUCCCAAAGCUCCAGUUAAGCUAGAAGUUGUGAAUGCAAUCAUUCAGAUUAUCUUUGAUGCAAUUAUUAUUUAUACAUUUGGUUGGAAAAUGUUAGCUUAUCUUAUUAUUGGAACAUUAUUAGCUAUGGGAUUACAUCCUGUUGCCGGUCAUUUUAUCAGUGAGCAUUAUAUGUUCAAAAAAGGAUAUGAAACUUACUCAUAUUAUGGACCAUUAAACUGGAUUACAUUUAAUGUUGGAUAUCAUAAUGAACACCACGAUUUUCCAUCUGUUCCUGGGUCUCGAUUGCCGCUUGUCAAGAAAAUAGCUCCCGAAUUCUACGAUGAUUUACCUCAACAUCAUUCAUGGAUUAAAGUAAUUUAUGAUUUCAUUACGGAUCCAGAAAUCGGUCCUUAUGCUCGCGUAAAACGUAAGACUAAAGGUUUAGAUUCAUAAGAAUCUUGACUUCAUUCAACUUUACUAAUACACAUAUAAAACUAUUUUAUACACUAUAUGUGUAUCCUCAAAGACUUGAAUCUUAUCUAAUCAAAUAGAAGAAUUGAUAACGCUCAUUGA